AUGGAUACUACAAAGGACGACGCCCCCAAGGAGACCAAAAAGGUCAACAAAGCCUACCAUGACCAGAUGGUCCGAGUCAUGGUAAAGAAGGCAAAGAAGCAGAUGAAAGCCGCUGAAAAGCGCAUGGAAUUCCUCGAGAAGGAAAUCAAAGUCCGGAACGAAGCGAUCGACUUUCUCAACGAAGCGGGUAAGGAGUGCAUGGAGAAUUCUCGGGCUGUUGUUGAUCUGUUUGAUGUGAAGCGCCCCUCCUCGGAUGAGGAGUAG